CUGGGGCGGUGGGAUUCUCCCGCAGGCUCAGAGCGCCGCUGGGGCAGGCGAGGAUGGGAGCCGGGCGAGGCAGCCUGGCGCUGGGGGCCUUGGCUUGGCUUUGGGGGGCCGCCGUCACGGCUGCCCUGCAAGAGAAGCCCGUCCAUCUCUUCUCCCAGGUCUUCUUUUGCCAGAGAGACCCUCUGCUUUUCAACUUGGCCCAGGCACUAGACAACGACCAGCUCUUCUGGUUCGACUUUCCCAAUUCCAGCUGGCAUGCGCGCCUGUCUGCCUUCCAUCCUGAGGUGCCAAGCCGGAUGCCCUUGGCCAAUGUCAGCGCACAACUUCAGCUCUGCAGGACGCUGCUCACAGCCCUCUCCAACUUCUCUGAUGAAUAUAUACAAAUGCCUGAAGCCAAAGGUAUCCCGCAGGUCUCCAUCUUCACUCGCCAUCCUCUCCAGCUGGGGAAACCCAACACCCUGAUCUGCUCCGUGACCAACCUCUUCCCGCCAUCAGCCAACAUCAGCUGGGAGAGGAAUGGGAAGUCGGUGACAGGGGAGGCCUCCACCACUCAGGCUUACCCGGUGCAUGCGCUGGAGUUUGACUUUGAGCUCUACUCGUACCUCGAGGUGACCCCCCAGGAGGGAGACGUGUACAGCUGCAGCGUCACGGCCGCGAGAGACACGCACAGCAGCCUGGCUUACUGGGUCCCCAAGGAUCCCGUUGCCUCCAGCUUCCUGGAGAACUUAGCGGGCGGAGUGGCCAUCGCCGUGGGGGCUGUGCUUGCUGUCUUGGGGACCUUCCUAAUUGUCAAGUCUCGCACAACCAGCAGUGCCGAAUGAGCUGCCACGUUCUCCCGCUGAAGGCCUCCGACCGCGCCUGGCUCUCCUGCCCUCGGCUCCACUGAACUCUGGCCCGAAGUGCCCUGUCCAGCCAAUGCCUUGUGGAUCUCUGGACCUGAACAACAGAGGGAAGGGCAUGCCAGCCAGGCUGUGCCCCUUUGGGCUGCUCCAUCCCCAGCCAGAGACGCCCCUCUCACCCCUACCAUGGGGCAGUCAGCCGAGGGGGUGGUUCCAGGCUUCCCCCUGCAGACACCCCCUCUCCUUGCCUGCCCCUUCUCCCUCCUGCCUCUUCUCAAAGCUCCAGGCAGGGCAGAGAGGUGCUACAGCAAUGCCCCCCCCAAAGUGGGUGGCUCUUCCGUGGCUGCCCCCAGUGCCAGCCAGGGCUCGCCCCACCCCUCCACGCCAGGGAGGCGUUCCUCAGUCUUUUGUGUGGAAACUCAGCCAGGUGUGGAUAAGAAUCUGGCUGUGCUCCGGAUUGGCUUUGAGGGGGGUCCGGUGGCCGAGGUGGGAGGGGGCCAGUCUGUCGGCUGCUCCUUUCAGCAUUGAAUAUCCUGGCCCAGAAGAGGGUCAGGCGCUCCUGCAAGCUGCCCGAGCACCUCCAAACCUCCCAGCGGAGAAGGUCUCCGCUCUGGCUCUACUUCGGAGGUCAACAACAACGGAAUCUCUGAGGAAAGGACUUGAGGGGGGGGCUGAGAUUUGGGGGGGGUUCAAUUGUUUUAAAAUGAACCUGUGCUUCAAAGGGGGGGGGUCAUAAUUAUAGCUCAAAACACUUUAACCCCCUUCUACCUUUCUCCCCCUUCUCUGUGGUGCUUGAAUCCAUGUCACAUUAAAAGUGCCUUAAUUUAAAAAGCCCUUUUCAUGAUAGGGUGGUGUUGUACGGGUGAUAAUUCCGUUGUGGGAGUCCCCCCCCUCCCCUUUGCACUUUACAGUCCCAGGAAGCGGGCGGGACAGUAAAUAUCACAGGGUCCUUUGGAAGAUGCAGCUCAGUUCUCUGAAUUGAUUUUUAAUAGCAAGACUCGAGCCCUCAAACCUGUAAAGCAAUAAUAAAAAGAGUGCCUCUGA